AUGCAUUUCCGUUUUGCUGGAGGAAGAGAAAAAGAUAUGGAGAACAAUAAUGUUACGGCAAAGGAAGUGAAGAAAAAGAGGAAGAGAGCUAGAACAAGCAACACCAUCGAAGAAGUGGAAAAUCAACGUAUGACUCAUAUCAUGGUCGAACGGAGCCGUCGGAAGCAAAUGAACGAGCAUUUACGUGUCCUCAGGUCCCUCAUGCCUGGCUCCUACGUUAAAAGGGGAGACCAAGCGUCGAUCAUAGAAGGUGUAAUAGAGUUUGUAAGAGAGCUCGAGCAACUCCUACAGUGUCUGGAAUCGCAAAAGCGUCGGAGAAUCUUGGAAGAAACCGGUCAUAGGCAAACAGGGGACAUGACCAGGCCAACGAAUCCUUCUUCUUCCCCCGUAACUAGGGUAGCUAACCAAACUCAACCGCUCAUUAUUACCAAAAAUGUAACCGAACUAGAGGGCGGAGGACUUCUGGAGGAAAUGAUUGAGAACAAAUCAUGUUUGGCUGACGUGGAGGUGAAGCUACUAGGGUUUGAUGCCAUGAUCAAAAUACUUUCAAGAAGAAGACCAGACCAAUUACUCAUGACUAUGGCUGCUUUGGAAGAUCUCCAUCUCUCUAUUCUUCACACUAGCAUUACUACCAUGGAACAAACCGUUCUCUACUCCUUCAUUGUUAAGGCAAGUUAUAAUACGUACUGA